AUGGAGGAAGUUAAGACACAAUCCUACGGUGUGACGACAGAAAGUGUCGGCAAGUCUUCAGUGGACAAGAGCGGCAAGCACUUGUUCGUGACUCCAGUAUGGGUGACUGUCGUUCGGGGUUUCCAAAUCUUCUUCGGCUUCGUCAUUCUGAUCCUGGCCGGCAUUCUUAUUCAUGGUCUAGCAAUGGACGCUGUUUGCUUUGCUUUAGCUUGUGGUCUCUUCACAUGGAUUGUGGGCUUCUACUCAGUCCUGACCGAAAAGGUGCACAGUUGGCGGACAGCAUAUAACCAUUGGGCGGUUCUAUCACUCGACAUAUUCAUGACCAUCCUUUGGCUGGCCUCUAUGGGGGCUGUCGCAGCCCUACGAACUAGCUUCAAGUAUGAUGUCGACGCCGAUUGUUACGACGACGGCUCUGCUGUGAAUGCCGGUCACUGUGUUGUGUACAAGAGGAGUCUCGAGAAGCGUUUUGCAGUUGCUAGCCAGGCUGGACUCGCAACAAUGAGCGCCAUUGCUGGACUGAGUGCCCUAGAGAUGCUACUCUUCAUCGCCUCUCUAGCUUACCUCGCUCACCAAAUCCGCCUUCACUACCGAUCAAACAAGUCCUCGGAUCCUGCAACAGUCGAGAUGAACGCGCAGCAACAACAGCCCAUGCUCUCUCAGCAGAUCCCGGCUACCGCUCCAACCUCAGCCUACACCGAUCAAACACCGUACCAAAACACCCAGUACACAGGUGCUCACGGCCAGCAGACGCAAUACACGAGCCAGCCUGCCCAGCUUUACGAUGGCUAUGCCUACCAGCAACAGCAGCCUCAGCAACCGCAACCUCAGCAUCCUCAACAACAACAGGCGUACCAGUACCCACAGGAAGUACCGGCUCAGCCACAAGGGUAUGGACAGUCUCCGGUCGCAUACACCCCGUCAGCGAGCCCGGCUCCAACAUAUGUUACGAAUCCGGGUCAUUAUCCGGCACAAGGCCAGGUGUAUCAGCCUCCGCAACAGUAG